UCACUGCAUUCUAAUUCCAACAGCUCCUGCCCUUGCUGGCCUUUGAAAUGGGGUGGUAUGUUGGUGGGAAGUGGGGUGGCCUGGAGUGAACCAGGCAGAAUGGCAGGGCUAGGACGCACAUCUCCAACAUGGUCUCUUGUGGUGGGUUUCUCAGUUUUUCUGGCCCAGCUGAUUCCAAAAACAUUGUCCGUAACUCCAGGCAGCCCCCUCUCAGAGGAGGAAUACGAUGCCUUUUUCUCUUCCCUGAAACCCGCAUGGAAAGCAAGCCAAGUAUGUCAGAUCCGGCAUAACAAAGGUUGCUCUGAUCCUAAAAUAGUGAAGCUGGAUCUACUUGAGAAUCAUGGCCAGAUCCCAGAAGGUCCCAUUUGUACUGGCCUUCCUGAGAACAUAUAUUUUGAUACCUUCUGUUUAUUUGCACAAUUUCGGUGUUUAACUCAAACAUUCUACACCAAGCGAGUCGUAUGCCCUAACCCGCUGCCUGUGGAAGAGAUCAUAAUCUCCUCUCCUGCUCCAAGUAAGAAGCCCGGCCCGGCCCCAACUGAGAUUUCCCUGUCUCCCGAGAUCCGUCUCCGCUCCAACGUGGAUGCCAUUUUGAAAUAUGCCUUUGCAGUCUCAGGCGAGGAACCUAUCCCCAGGAUCCAUUUUCCAUCUCCAGACAGUAACUGGGGGACACUCCAGAGCCCCACAGAGCAUGAGCAUGCCGAGCACUUACACGUUGUGGUCUCUACUGAAGAACCCACCACAGACAUCAAAGCUACAGAGGGGCUCACAGACCAAAAGCUGCACCAAAGCAUCCACCGUCUGAUUAGCAAGGCAUUUUCACUGGAGCAGGCCCUCAAUUCAAAGGACUUGCCUGAUACCAAGGACAUCAAAAUAGAUCUGAAUUACCAGGAAACAACUGCAGAGAACAGUCCCAAUGGCAGUAGCAUCUUUGCUCUUGACAACGAUGGAGCUCUGGUGGUUCUCUGUUAUUCGGUGCUGCAAGACAUUUGCAUAUCCUCAGCUGUUAGCAAAGCCUGGAAGCAAAUGGAGGACAAAACUCUUGGCUUUGGUGAUUUGGUAUGUGAUAACUUUGGACGCCACCAUGAAGAUCUUUGCUCUCAGUGUGCAUUCUGCUCUUUGAAGACUGAGCAGUGUGCAGGGGCCGUCAACCUGAAACGGGUCCACUGUGAUAAUGGCACGUUCACAGACUACCUCAAUCCUGGGAUCUUGGCCCAACAUCAGGCGAUGGUCACCAAGGUCUCCCCAGACUUAACAGAGUUUUAUGGGCUUAAGAUGUAUGAAGGCUUACAGGCCAAGUAUUGGUGUGAUCGCCUGGCUACUCAUGGUUGUGAUGACUUUCGUGUAGCUCUCUGGUUGCAGUCAGAAUACUCUUUAUUUCAUAGAGGAGACUUUCCAGACAAGAUCUGUGACUCAGAAAAAGUUCAGCAUCCUACUUAUUGUUCAUUCAAGAGCAGCCAGUGUCGGGAGUACAGCCUCAAUAAAAAGAAGGUGAUGCGAAUUGGCUGUCUAAAAACGGGCGCUUACCAUGUGCUAAGCAAGGAGGAAGGGAAAGACGAAGUGAUGCUCUGGAAAGAAAAAUUCUUGAGCUUUUCUGAAGGGUGAAGGUGCCACGGGGAAGCUUGGACUUAAGACUGGGAGAGAGGAAAGUGGAAAACUCACCCUCCCUUCUGAAAGAUACUCCAUGUUGCAUGGACUAUGCUGUUUAAGUACUUCACACUGUUUUGCAUUUUGCUUCCUAUGAAGUGUGAAUUCACCAUGGAUAUUUCUGCUAUUACAUCUGCCUCCUAAGGACUGCACUCUAAAGUAAACCAUCUGAAUAGCCCCUGUGUUUACCAAAUCUGUUGGGGUCCUGCAACUCGGUACCAAAUCCAGAAGACGAUCACAGUGGGUGAGGAAUCCUGGUUCCUUCUUGGGCAAUACUUACUGUCUCUCAUCCUCACCAGGAAAUUCAUUCAGGAGCUGUUGCUUUGUGUUCUUGUUGAUAACAAACCUUUUCUGUGCAGAGUUAGGACCUUGUUCUGUUGAGAUGUACAAUUUUCCAACAAUCAAAUGCUGUGGAAUUGCACUCACUGUGUUGUUUGAGAAUUCAGUGCCCUGUCCAACUUUAAUCUCAAGGUAAAACCAGUUCUUCCAGUUUGCAGAUGAAACUGGCUGUGCACACAGCACUGACUGGCUGAUGGCUGCAACCUUGGAACCACUUCUACUCACUCAUCAUAUCAGUAGUUUUGGUGCUUUUUAAUAAGUGGUUUCCCUUUCAUAAGCAAGCAAAACAAAAAUAAAGCAAUAAACUCAUAUUAAAAUGAUAAA